UUUGGUAGGCAAAUGUCGACUGCUAUUGCCACAACUUCAAACUUCAAACUGAUCACGAAAAAUAUUUUCAGCUCAUCACGCUAGUGCCACAAUUUGUAAGAAUGAAGUAUUCUGUAGAAAUUACAGGUCCAGCUCUCUCCUUUCUUUACUAUUCCGUUUCUUCAUCAUUGAAGGAGGGAUUUCUUUUUGGAACAGUUGAAGAAAAGCACAUUGAAAUUAUUUCUGAUUCAAGUGAAAGCAGUGUUGAACCAGAAACAAUAAUCCGUGUUACAGGGAUAUUUCCUUGUUUACUAACUUCAAAACUGUUUUCCCAUGAAAAUGAUGUAGACAUUCCACACCAGGGUGACUCUGUCAUUAUAGGAUGGUUUUCUGGAAGAAAGAACUCAUUAUUCAAGCCCUCUUUUCGAGAAACAGCUCUUCACUCUAAGCUGAAUAUAGAGUACUGCCAAAACCACAUAGAGAGGUUUUUAUUUGUUUUAGUUCAAGACAAUCCGAGUGAAACUAGUAUAACACGAGAAUUCCAGGCGAAGUUUUUUCAAUUUGAUAAAACAAAGAGGAGGUGGUCGUCUUUGACUGGAUCUAUUUUAAAUUGGAAUCAGAGGUCCAAGUCGUCCAACCUCGCCAACAAAUCUCUUUACAGAUCGUUACCGACAUUUGAACCCAGUCUACUAUCACGCUUUGAAGAAGAAACUAUCAACCAAGGGUUGAUUGGUGAGCAGUUCAUUGAGGGAAUUUUCACAAACGCCCACAGCUACCUGAUGGAAUCUAUGGAUAGAAUAGCCAACAUCACUUCUGAAAUUGCUCAAGUGGAGGCUGAAAUUGCGCGUUUGAGGAUCAAUAAAGAAGAAUCCAAAAAUAAUCCCCCUUCUCCCCCAAUAAUGGAACGUCGUAAUCAAAGAAGGGUUUAGUUUCCAAUCGACGAAAAAAAAUGAAUACUCUUUGAAUCAUCGUCAGGCGAUAAGAAGAGCGCUAUCCUUCCGAAGGAAAUUAAGAAAAUUUCGGUUAACAAAUAAAAGCUCUCUAAGAGUUGUAUUCCUAUCCAAGCGUUCAUCUAAGAAUUUUCAUUUUUUUUUGUAUUUUUAAAGUACAUCUUUUGUUUUGAAGUCUUAAAGAACUUAUGCGUUGUGUCAAUAAUUGUAUUAUAAUCAAGAUAUUUUCCAAUUUUGGGCACACCCAAACUUCGUACAUUUAAUAAAGUAAUAAACAAUUAAAUAUA